UUGAAUUAUUUUGUUGAUUGAAUAUAGCCCAAAAAAAAAACAUUGAAAAUGAAACUUAUCGCCAUUCUUUGUCAUCUUCAUUGUUUCCAUUUUUAUAUUGCUCUUGUUCAUCUACAAGUAUUGAUGACACUUGGUGCUCGUGUUCCAUUAGCAUCGGUUAUGCCUUUUCUUGCAGCAAAUUCUUAUUUAUAUAAACAACAGCAACAAUUACAACCAUAUAAUGGUUAUAUUUACACACCUUAUCCGAUUUAUUAUCGUCAAACUUCAUUACGUGGUGGUUAUUAUCCAUGGACAACUGGAAUGAGAAGAUAUCCUCCUAUCUAUUCGAAUAAUGGAUAUGGUUCUAAUGGAAUGUAUCCACCGAAUGGAAUGUAUAAUGGCAACUAUGGUAAUAAUUAUUAUCCGAAUGAUUAUUAUGGCAAUUCUCAAUAUAAUCGAGGAGGUGGUAAUAAUGGUUAUGGUACUAACACUAAUGGACGUGGCAAUACUGAUGAUUAUGGAUCCAAUUCAUAUGACGGAAGUAACACUGGUGGUAAUAGUUAUUCACCAUCACAAAUGAAUACUCGAAAUAAAGCCGCUAAUCGAGGAUAGUGAAUUUUUUUUUUGUUUAAUAAAUGAAAUUCGCUUUUAAAUCAUAUGCUGCCAACAGAUGGCAGCAAUGUUCAAAUAAAAAUUUUAUUUUUUUCAA